AUGACAGUGGAUAUUAUAGAACUAGAGAAUCACAGUUACAUCGACCAUGAACUUUCUUCCAAUUUGGAUUCAACAGAUGCAUUUGAAGGCCCUGAGAAACUGCUAGAGAUUUGGUUUUAUCCAACUGUGCAGAUAAUUCCGAAUGGGAGAAGUUUAUUGGAUAUUGAGAUGUCAAAGUGGAUCGAUAUGUUAAAUCUAGUUAAAUGUGAAAUUCUGAGUAUGAAGAAGACCCCCAAAAUGUAUUCAUUUUUGUUAAGUGAAUCAUCAAUGUUUGUUUAUGAUCAUAGAAUCAUUCUAAAGACAUGUGGAACAACCUUAACAUUAUUGUGUUUACCAAAAUUAUUUGAACUAGUUCAAAAUGAUUUAAAAUGGGAUUUCAAAGUCUCUGAAAAAAAUGAUAAUAAUGAGAAUCUUUAUAGUCCAUAUAAAGUUUUCUAUUCGAGAAGAUCUUUCAUGUUUCCAGAUAAACAAAAAUCUGUUCAUAAAAAUUGGUCAGAUGAAGUUGACUAUUUAAACAAAUUCUUUAUUAAUGGAGAAAGUUAUGUCAUUGGUGAAGAUAAAAUAAAAGCUAACAAAAGUCAUUGGAAUUUGUAUGUAACGAAAACAAAAAAAAGUUUAGUGACUAUUCCAAUUGAUGUUAAUGAUUCUGCUCAUGAACAUGACGAUGAAACUUUUGAAAUUUUAAUGACUGGAUUAAGCGAUGAAAAAACCAAAAAUUUCUAUAAAUCAAACUUAAAAACACAAGAUACACAGUACGAACUUGACUCUUCUAGUACCAACAACACAUAUGCCGAUGAAGGACAUGUUAAUGGUUAUACGAUGACAAAACAAAACAAAAUUGAUGAAAUUUAUGAAUCAUUCAAGUAUAAUAAAAUGACUCAUGAUGCAUUUGCAUUUUCACCUUGCGGUUACUCUAGUAAUGUUCUAAUCAAUGAUGAAUUUUAUUAUACAUUACACGUAACACCUGAAAAUGGUUGGUCGUAUGCAUCAUUCGAGAGCAAUGUACAAUGUAAUAAUAAUUCAGAAGUCCUAAGAAAUGUCCUUGAAAUUUUUAAACCAACCGAUUUCUGUUUAACGUUCUUCCGCAGAAAAACAACUAAAAAAAGUACAAAUGAAGAGAAUAUAUUAUUAAACGAUACUAAUUUAACGCCAUAUGAAAAAUUAGAUGAAAUAGUUUAUGAUUUAGAUGAUUAUCAAUUACUGUACAUACAUUUUCAAGAUCGUUCUAACUUGAAAUGA